AUGGUGAAUGAAGUGUGUGUAACCCGGGACAUUUUUAGAGUGAACCACGUGGCUAGCUUUGUAGAAGGAACAAAUGCCCUGAAGCAUGAAGAAGUUGUUCGCUACUUGAAUUCGUUGAGGAAGUCUAAUAAAAUCGAAGAGACAUCAUGCAUUGUGAAGAUGGACCACAAGAGAAUGAGGGUAAAGCUUGAAAACACGAAGGAAACUGUCGAGUCUUUUCCAUGGAACUUAAUCAAAAGUCAAGCAGCCAUUCUCAACCCUAUGGAUGAUUUCAAAAACAAGUUCCUUGUGAUGUUUCGAUUACUGCAAUGUGACAAAGGUGCCAAUGAACUCCACGUGUUUACCUGUAACACAACUGAGUUGGCAAAGUCAUUUGUUGAUUCUAUAAGUCUUCAUAAAAAAGAGUCCACUUUUAGAAACUCAUCAACUGGAACAGAAUCAUCGCACGAAUCUUCCACAACACGGCAAGUACCCACUAUGCUCCUAACUAAGAAAGAUGCACUGAUCGAUCCAAAUUCGCGAAAGGUGUGUAACAUAAAUGCUUUGAUCAAUGAAAUUGAAGACUUUGAACAUCGACUGCUGAAUGCACUCGCACACACCACAAAUGGUGAGCCAAGGGAAGAACCACCAUCCACCGAAGACGCUAUUGAAAUGAUACGAACGAUGAAGUACAUGUUGAACAUGAGCUGUGCUACUGGAAGUUCCACAUCCGAUAAAACCCGGACACACCUAGUGCUGCGUUUGUUCAACACAAUCUCUUGGCUGGAUGGAGUGUGCAAGAGAGCUGAUGUGCACCAUUAUGACCGAGACAUGGUUGUGCACGUUCGAGAGCCAUUGCUAGAAAGCGGAACUAUUCGUGCGAUCAUUGAUCAACUGUCCGUCAAAAGGCGUGCAUUCUGGUUGAGCUUGGGACCUAAUUGGAACAGUAGCAGCGAUCCAGCUACCGAAGCUGAAAACAGCCGUGCGUCGGGGUGCGAUAAAUCACAAAUGAACACGCGCUGCGAUCGGUACUGCUCGCAAAAGAAUAACAGAAAUGUCGAUAUAUCUACUCGUUCUGCAGGCAUUGAAUCGUCAGUACAAACACAAAAACCAACACCGCCAACUGAUUCGGUAGAUGAUGGGUCGCCUGAUGAAGUACGUGAGUCGAACCAAAGCAGCGGAAAAGAAAGCAACGUUAACAAUACCUACAUCGCGACUGUUCGUCACGUGGGCUCCAAGAAGACAGAACUGGACGUUGCUCCAGGAACAGUAUUAGAGGUCCGUGAUAAAUCCAACGUCGACUGGUGGUUGGUGAGGACUCAAAACGGAGAAGAAGGAGAGGUCCCAAGAUGGAAAUUGCAGGAGUACAACUCCGAGUGCGGAACCACGGGCGCUGAAGCAUUGUUCAGCCACAAAACGCCAAGUAAAAUAAGUUCGAAACAGAGCUCUUCCCUGUGUCUGUCAAGUACGGGUACGAAUGACGGAGUAAAGCCCACCGGAUCGCCUACAUCAGUUGUUCACUCUGAUCACGGGUCAAAUAUUUCCACUUCAACUUCACAGACUGUCCCUCUAUUACUGAUCCAACCUGAUGUAGACAAAGGUGCAGUGGGUUCCCAAAGAGAUGAUGCUAAAACUGCAGAAAAACCACUAGUAAUUUCAACAUCUAAAUCAGUAGAUACAGGAACUCAAGGGAAGUGCAGCACCGUAGCGGCCAACAUGAUAUAUAUGACUCCGGAGCAGCUGCAUGAAUGGGUGCAGACAGCAAACCACCAUCCGGUUCCAAUGGUGCUGGUCCCUCUCUCUGAGCUGCCAAACUACGCAUCGCAGGUUGGUGGAUACGUUAGCAACAAUGAAAGUUGUAUUGAACCCAACUUCUCCAUACGUUGGCAUGAAAUGAAUGAAACAGACGACCAUACUGAACUAUUUCGCAUCCAGUCUGCAUCGACUAUGAUACCCACGAUAUUCCCAACAGUUGCCAUUUGUUGCGUAUUCCCUCAGCUACCCACACGCACACAAUGACGAGAGAGCUUCGAGAACGACUGACCAAGAUGCGCGGCGGCGGUGGAACUGGACUCAAAACGGCGAUAUCGUUCAACCUAGCAGGGGAUAAAACUGCAAAUCGCCUAACUAAAUAUGCUACGAAAGAACAAGUAUCUGACUGGCUUGUUGCUCGGAAAUUCCCUGGAGAGGCCAUAAACGCACUGCAAGGCUUCAACGGAAUGGACCUUUACACAAUGAACCGUACACAACUGGCGCAACACGUCGGUCCGGAAAGAUGUGAUGAGCUAUUUUUCGCCUUCAGAAGCUGACAGAACGCCAAGCACGAUAAAGAAUGAAGGUGACGAGUGUGCCGUUUCCUCAAAAAUUGCAUAACCAGUUGCUACGAAAUUAUUGACGUGCUAUAUUUGUUACAAUAAAGAAAAAUAGAAGCGUCUGUAUAUUGUUUUAUUGAAGCCAAAAAGAAGGUACCUGAAGAAAC